UUCUAUAAACCAGGGAAGUUUCGCUUUACACAAACAAACACAUCGAACCCAGAGAAGGAAAAAAAAAAAAAACAAUUAUCUCCAGUGAUAUAGGAACCAACGUCGGAGAUUACCAAGACGGUUGGUGGAAAGAGAUGGCGGGACAGUCGCGAAAAUGGAUGAUUCUGGUGGCGACGAUCUGGAUUCAAGCCUUCACCGGAACCAAUUUCGAUUUCUCGACGUACUCGUCGGAUUUGAAAUCGGUUCUAGGGAUUUCUCAGGUGCAGCUGAACUACCUCGCCGUCGCUUCGGAUCUCGGGAAGGUUUUCGGCUGGUCAUCGGGGCUCGCGCUUUUGUAUUUCCCUCUCUGGACGGUUCUCUUCGCGGCGGCGAUUAUGGGAUUCGUCGGGUAUGGUGUUCAGUGGCUCGUCAUCACUAACGUUAUCUCUUUGCCGUACAUCCUGGUGUUUCUAUGUUGUUUACUAGCCGGACUAAGUAUCUGCUGGUUUAACACAGUCUGCUUUGUGCUCUGCAUCAGAAACUUCCCUGCCAACAGAUCACUUGCGCUUUCUCUCACAGUCAGCUUCAAUGGCGUUAGUGCUGCCUUAUACACUCUUGCUUACAACGCAAUCAACCCUAUCUCCACACAGCUAUACCUUCUCUUAAACGCCCUUAUUCCUCUCAUCGUCUCCUUCGCUGCUCUCAUCCCUAUUAUUCGCCAACCGCCUCUUGAGCCUCUCCCACCAGACGGAGUUCGUAGAGACUCUUUCAUGUUUCUCUUGCUCAACAUAUUAGCGGUUUUGAACGGGGUUUAUCUGCUUCUCUUUGGUUCAAAGACUUCUGGUGUAACCUCAGCUCGUCUCCUCUUUGGUGGAUCGAUUCUUCUCUUGAUUCUCCCUUUAUGCCUUCCCGGUUUAGUCUACGCUCGUAACUGGUAUCUGCACAAAGUCCACUCCAGUUUCCGUUUAGAAGGUUCCGGUUUCAUUCUCGUUGAUGUCGAUGAGCUUGAGAUACAUAAAGGAAUGGUCACACGUGAAGCUAGCUUCGACGGCUAUCAGUUGCUGAACGAUGAUGUAGUACUGCGAACAGCCAUUACUCCUGUUCAGAAGAGUUUCAUUGAAGAUAACAACAGCAGAUCUUGUUGCAGUAAGCUCAUUACAAGAAACCAACUUGGAAUGCUUGGAGAAGAACAUCCUCUGUUUAUGCUAUUGUGCAGAUCAGACUUCUGGCUUUACUAUAUAGCUUAUUUUUGCGGUGGCACGAUUGGACUUGUCUAUAGCAACAACCUUGGACAGAUUGCACAAUCUUUAGGACAAAGCUCUGAGACAACAACUCUUGUCACGCUUUAUUCGUCUUUCUCAUUCUUUGGUCGGUUGCUUUCAGCAACACCAGACUAUAUCAGAGCGAAGUUUUAUUUCGCUAGAACCGGGUGGCUAGCCGUCGCUCUUUUCCCAACCACAGUUGCUCUUUUCUUGCUGGCAUCAUCAGGGAGUUUGUCAGCGUUACAAGCAGGAACAGCUCUAAUCGGUCUAAGCUCGGGUUUCAUUUUCGCAGCAGCUGUUUCCAUAACGUCUGAGCUCUUUGGACCAAACAGCGUCGGGGUUAACCACAACAUCCUCAUCACAAACAUACCGAUAGGAUCCUUGGUCUACGGUUUCUUAGCUGCUUUGGUCUAUGAAUCCCAUAGCACCGCUGGGUCAAAGACCGGGUCGGUUAUAUGUAUGGGGCGAGACUGUUAUUUCCUAACGUUUGUGUGGUGGGGAUGCUUGUCGGUGAUUGGGCUAGCUUCAAGUGUUGUCUUGUUUCUGAGAACUAGAAGAGCCUAUCAACGUUUUGAACAAGAUCGGAUAGCUUCAAGCAUGCUCUAUUCUUGAAAAUUUGAACUUCAAUCGUGUUAUAUUGAGAGAAAAGCUGAAAAUGAGGACAAAAACUUGUGCAGAGCUUUGUUAGUGCACAUAAGUUUUGAUAUAUAUAUAUAUUUUUUUUGGCAGCAACAAUAAGAAAGAGAGAUCUUAGGGACAUGAAGAAGGCUUUCAGUUUUGCGUUUUGCGGCAGUGAAUCAGUGAGUUGGAAUGGGGAAUUGUCACUUUGAGGGCAUCGGAAGCAACAUGUAAUACUUACUUCUGAAUUAACCUGACGGGGUAAAGUGGUUUAUGUUUUGUUGUAGACUCGUUACACUUUGGACGAAAGUACAUUGGUAUUUGCUGUCAACACAUUCAACAUUUGCUAUUGUUUUUGUCGUCAUACUAAUUUGUUA